UUGCUGCUGCAGCGUCCUUUUUCUUCACAUUCACCCUUGUUUGCCUUGGAGAUCGGCAAAUGGGUGGCCACGGAAAGGUCUUUACAUUGGCUGAAGUCUCUCAGCACAAUACCCGCCAGGACUGUUGGUUGAUCAUCAAUGGCAAGGUUUACAACGUAACCGAGUUCUUGGAAGACCAUCCCGGUGGCGACGAGGUGUUGUUGUCUGGCACAGGUAAGGAUGCAACAGAUGAUUUCGAAGACGUGGGUCAUAGUGAGAGUGCAAGAGAAACGAUGAACAAAUACUAUGUUGGAGACAUUGACAUCUCGACAAUCCCUGAACGUUUGACAUACACAGCUUCGAAGCAGCCUCACUACAAUCAAGAUAAGACGACCGAGUUCAUCGUCAAGCUUCUCCAGUUCCUGGUCCCUCUCGCAAUCUUGGGUCUGGCAGUUGGUAUCCGCUUUUAUAGCAAAUCAACCUGAGUUUCUUGUUCCGAUAUUCGGUGGUCGAUGGUCGAGUCUAAUGGUCAAUUACAAACUGCUGCAUUGUGCUUGUAAAACUUUGAUUAAAGAAAAGUGUUCUAAUCAUGAAGCUGGUGGCUUUAAUCAGUAUUUUACUAA